AUGGCGAGGUCUGUGCAGCCCCGGCCCGGUGUCAGGCCCUUGCUGGGGGAAGGGUUGUGCAUUGAUCCACGGAACGUUGGAGUAAGAGGGAAGGAUAUUGUUGUUCUGGGAGUGGAAAAGAAGUCUGUGGCAAAACUUCAGGAUGAAAGGACUGUACGGAAGAUCUGUGCUCUCGAUGACAAUGUCUGCAUGGCUUUUGCAGGGCUGACAGCUGAUGCCAGAAUAGUUAUAAACAGAGCUCGUGUGGAGUGUCAGAGCCACAGGCUCACGGUGGAGGACCCUGUCACCGUGGAGUACAUCACACGUUACAUUGCCAGUCUGAAGCAGAGAUACACACAAAGCAACGGGCGCAGACCUUUUGGUAUCUCUGCUCUUAUUGUGGGAUUUGACUUUGAUGGAACCCCCCGGCUGUACCAGACUGAUCCCUCUGGUACAUACCAUGCUUGGAAGGCUAAUGCCAUUGGCAGAGGAGCCAAAUCUGUGCGUGAAUUCCUGGAGAAAAACUAUACUGAUGAAGCCAUUGAAACAGAUGAUCUAACUAUUAAACUUGUCAUCAAGGCUCUUCUUGAGGUUGUGCAGUCUGGUGGGAAGAACAUCGAGCUGGCAGUGAUGAGGCGAGAGCAACCACUGAAGAUCCUAAACCCUGAAGAAAUUGAGAAGUAUGUUGCUGAAAUUGAAAAAGAAAAGGAAGAAAAUGAAAAGAAAAAACAAAAGAAAACAUCAUGAUGAAUGAAACUCAAUUGCUUAGCUGCUUUUUAAAUCAAGUGAUGGGUUAUUCUGUAUAGACCUGUAGGCAUUCCACUUACUCAUACUGUGCCCCUCUUGAGACAUACAAUAAACCUACCAAUUUUUUUU